AUGAUUGAGAGCGAAAGACUAAAGUACAUCCGGAGGCAACAAGCGAACCUUCGCUCUGAAACAUUUGAGAAUCUUCAAAAGCAUAAAUCUAAAGGUAAGGAAGUUUUAACAGAUACUGGAAAGCCUGUUAUACUUCCUUCUUCUUUACUGGUGGUGCAAGAUUCAUGCAACAAAAUUACCUCGAUGCAGUGGCCUUAUUGGCCAGAAGUAAAAAAAUUUCUAAAAGAUUCAACCAUCAAAGCCGAAGAAAGGCCUGACAUAUUGUGUCGACUGUUUAAAAUGAAGCUUGAUUCCAUACUCAAAGAUUUGAAGGAUUCUAAGUAUUUCGGUGAGAUUAACGCUGGUAUGUCGAUCACAAACUUCCCACCAAAGAUCACACAGAUCCCAUUUAUUUCUGCUGAGAUUCCCGAUAAAAAAGAAGAUCCUGAACUUUAUUCUCUUGUCACUGAUUAUAUGAUUCAUGGUCCGUAUGGGAAUGCUAAUUUGAAUUGUCCUUGCAUGGUUGAUAAAAGAUGUUCAAAAAACUUUCCGAAGAAAUUCACACCACAUACAACUAUUGAUUCAAGUGGUUUCCCUGUAUACAGAAGAAGAGAUUCAGGUCAUACAGUUAUAAAAUUUGGUGUUAAAUUAGACAAUAGAAGUGUUGUUCCUUAUAACAAAAGGCUUUUGAAAAGAUAUCAAGCACACAUUAAUGUUGAAUGGUGUAAUCGACCCGGUUCAGUGAAAUAUUUGUUCAAGUACAUUAACAAAGGCCCUGAUAUGGCUACUACGGGUGUUUCUGGUGAUACAAAUCCAACCAUUAAGGAAAAGCCAAAAGACGAGAUGAAGGAGUAUUAUUAUUGUAGAUAUAUUUCAGCGUGUGAGGCAUCCUGGAGAAUAUUCUCUAAUGAGGUUCAUUAUAGGUAUCCUACUGUUAUGAGGCUUCCCUUUCAUUUGCCGGGCCAACAGAAUGUUGUGUAUGGUGCAUAUGAUGAUAUUGAUAAUGUUUUAAGCAAGCCUUCUGUUGCUUUUUCAAUAUUUGUGCAAUGGAUGAAGUUGAACGAGAUAAAUGAAGAUGCUAGAAAGCUGACUUAUGUCGAGUUUCCUUCCAAAUUUGUUUGGAUGCUUAAAGAUAGAUGUUGGCAGUUAAAGGGCCUAGAUCAUUCGAGAGGAUACGUACAGUUAACGGCCAAUUAUUCCCGACUUUUAGAGAUGCUUGAUGCGAUGGGACUCUUAGAUGAUGACAAUGAAUACGUUGAGGCCAUUAAAGAAGCAAGUUUUGAAGGACAUGCUGGGUAUCUCCGAGCGUUAUUUGCUACCCUGCUUUUGUCAAAUACUCUUUCACGGCCAGAAUUUGUUUGGGAGAAGACGUGGAAAUACUUAGCUGAUGAUAUUGUUUAUAGACGUAAAAAAGAAACAAAUAUUUCAGGUUUAGUGCUUCCUGAAUAUCAGAUUAAGAACCUUACUUUGUUGAAAAUUGAAAACUAUUUAAUUUCCAAUGGUUCAUCAUUACGAAGGUUUCUUACUAUGCCGUACCCUAAUGACGAUUCCUUACGUGAUGCUACUAAUCGUCUGAUCAAUGAAGAGCUGUCACAUGACGUAGAUGAAGUACAAGCUGAGUUUAACAGGUUGCAUCAAUCUCUUACAGAUGAACAACGAGCGGUUUUUGACGAAAUAAUGGAAGCAGUUGUAGGCCGUAAAGAAGGCCUUUUUUUGUCUAUGGUUACGGUGGAACCGGAAAAACCUUCUUAUGGAAGACUUUGGCUUCAGCUGUUCGAUGUAGAAAGGGAAUAG